AUGCAAUCGCUGGCGACCACCAUUCAAAUUGCUGAUGGAAUAAUUCUUCACCUGGUAACGUCUAAGCUAGACGAAAAUACGCGAAGCAAAUGGGAAGAAGAAGUGGCUGCUAAAUUUGAUCGAAAGUCAGUAACCACCUUGCAGCUUCCAACAUGGAACGAUUUGGCAGAUUUUCUCGAACGCCGAUGCCAAACGUUCAAUAUCAUCGAAGCCAAUCAAUCAAGCUCAGAUGGUUCCGCCAGUCACAAAAAUCCUACAUCGAAACCAUAUUCAUCGAAACAGCUCUCUUUCACCACCACAACUGCAUCGUCGAAAUGUCCACUUUGUGAAACAAGGCCAUAUCAUAAUGCAUUCAAUUGUGUGAAGUUCAUGAAAAUUGAUCCUCUUGAGCGGUACAAUUUGAUUAAACGGUUAAAAUUAUGUCUCAAUUGCUUUGGUUUUAACCACUCGUCGAAUCAAUGCCCAUCACUUCGUCGGUGCCAGCACUGUCGUGCGAGCCACCACACCUUGCUGCAUCGCACAUAUGGUAGCAAGGCAGACGACAACAACAAAAUGGAAGAUGGGAAGGCUGAGAAGUCAACAACGCUACAGGCUGGUAUCGUUACAGGUGAAGUCAUUCUCGCUACAGCUCUAGUUCGUUUAUGUAACACUGCGGGAAGCUCUCUCAUCGCACGUGUGUUGUUGGACUCAGGUUCUCAGCUCCAUUUUGUCACCGAAAGAAUUGCACAACAUCUUCGGUUACCGCGCAAAAAGCGCAGCAUAGAGGUAACGGGCAUUGGAUCUACAACAACGAAAACGCAGCAAGUAUGCUGUGUUGUACUAAAAUCGCGCCAUACAGCAUUUUCGUCGACUUUGGAAGCGGUCAUCAUACCGACAAUAACUUCGUGUCAACCCAGCAAUCGUGUCAGCAUUGAGAAAUGGAAUUUGCCUAACAACAUAAAUUUGGCAGAUGAACAGUUCUACGAGCCAGCAACGAUCGAUUGUCUUAUUGGAGCAGCGUUAUUUUAUGAUUUGCUUCUCGUCGGUCAAAUCAAGCUGCGCAACAAUUCGCCGGUUCUGCAGAAAACUAAACUCGGUUGGAUAGUUUCUGGCAUCGCUAACACAUCUGCACCAAUAGCUUCAUCACCAAAAACCUCAUCGUUGAAUAAAUCAUCGGCCUAUAAGGCAUUUCUCACCAUGUCCGAAGAACCAGUUCUCGAUCAGCUGUUGCAAACCUUUUGGGCAUUGGAAGAACACCACACCAAUUCAUUAACGUCAGUUUCGCCAGAGGAGCAAGCAUGUGAAGAUUUCUUCGAAACAACCACAACCAGAUGUCCAAAAACCAACCAAUUCAUCGUUCGCUUACCGUUUAAAGAAGACCCCAGCAACCUAGGGCAGUCAUAUGACGCUGCUUUCAAAAGGUUGGUAUCUCUUGAGUAUAAAUUUUCUCGCAAUCCCGCACUCGCCAACACAUAUCGUGAAUUCAUCAACGAAUAUAUUAACAAGGGGCAUAUGACACUGCUUAAUAACCCCGAAGAGGCUCGUAAUUUUAUCCCCCACCACUGCGUCACAAAGGCGGACAGCAGCACCACAAAACUCCGUGUGGUCUUCGAUGCGUCGUGCCGAACUUCGAAUGGGAAGUCUUUGAACGACAUAUUGCUCGUCGGUCCGACGCUACAGGACGAUAUUUUCACAAUCCUGCUUCGCUUUAGAGCGUACAAAUACGUGUUGAUGGCUGACAUCGCUAAAAUGUACCGCCAGGUACAAAUGAACUCAGCUGACUUUUCUUGGCAGUGCAUUUUGUGGCGAGAAUCACAGAACGCUUCUGUGCAAGUGUACAAGCUGCAGACAAAGUCUCUACAACAGUUGGCAAAGGACGAGGCAGAAUCGCUACCAAUUGGUUCAGUUGUUACGCUCAGAGAUUUUUACGUCGAUAAUCUCAUGACAGGUGGCGCCACCACUGAUGAAGUCGUCCAAAUUAAACAGCAAGUUGUUGAGUUGCUUAAACAUGGGGGCUUUCCCCUACGAAAAUUCGCCACUAAUGACAAUUCCAUCAUCUCUGACAUUCCCCAAGUUGACCGUGAAGAAAUCGUACAACUCGGUGACGUAGACUACAUUAAAACACUUGGGUUGAAAUGGUCACCAUCGAGCGAUAACUUCGUGUUCAGCUACACCGAAUCAUCGUCGUCUUCGAAAACAACAAAAAGAGCGAUUUUAUCCCAAAUUGCAAGCUUCUUCGAUCCACUUGGAUUAUUGAACCCUAUAAUAGUUUCAUGCAAAAUAUUAAUGCAGCAUCUAUGGGCACUGAAACUAGAUUGGGAUGAAAGUGUCCCACAAGAUGUUUACACCCAAUGGCAAGAUCUUCGUCGGCAGCUAUCUCUGAUAUGCCAGCACGAAGGCUUCGGCGCCUGCAUCUACAUGGUCACACGCGAUUCUAAUGGUACGACGUCAUCGUUGCUGUCCGCUAAGUCUCGUGUAGCUCCAAAGAAGGAA